UCUUCUCUUCCUCCCUUUUCUCUUUCUCCCACGUGUGACGAUGGUGGAUGAUGGUGACGAUGGAGCUGGCACGGUGGUGUUGAUGGUGGGCGCUGGCGGUGACUGUGAUGAGGGGCGGCGGUGGGGCUGUCGACUGUGAUGAGGGCGGCGGUGGGGCUGUCGACUGUGAUGAGGGCGGCGGUGGGGCUGUCGACUGUGAUGAGGGCGGCGGUGGGGCUUGCAAGGGUGGCGACGGGCUGGCGGUGGUGAGUGCUUGCAAGGGUGGCGACGGUGUUAGGGUGGCGGCGGUGAGUCCUCUGAAAUUCUUCUCUUCUCUCUCCCAAAUCUACGCCAUGGAGAAUGAUGCGGUAGAGGAUUUAAAUAGGGAGGUCUCGCGAAUUGGCCUUGGGAAGGAGGACAUUGAGAUCUCAUUUGAAGAAAUUGAUGCAGGCCCAAGAGUGGAUCUUCCGCCUACAUGGAUUAUUGCCGGGCGUUUCCUCACUUCCCGUCCUAUCAAGUUUGACGCAAUGAAGCAGGUCAUGGCCAUGGCUUGGAAACCAGCUCUGGGGGUUUAUGUGACACAGGAUGAAGAAGGUUUGUAUCUGUUCCAUUUUUAUCACGUUAAGGAUGCUAUGCGGAUUAUUGAUGAGGGGCCAUGGUCAUUUGAUAAUGCGACUCUAGUUUGUAAACUCCUCUCUCCUGGUGAGAUGGUCAAAGCUGAUGAUUUACAUUUCGUUGAGAUGUGGGUUCAGAUUCAUAAUCUUCCCUUUGGGGCUGCUGUACUAUCCAAUGUGGAGCCUGAAAAUUAUCCCUUUGAUGGCUCCCUACGGGCGGAGGGGAGGAAAAAAGAGAUAAAUGUGGGGAGCCAAUGGCUGCGAGAUGAGCCUACUGGUAGGGCUGUUGAGCCUCCAAACAUAAGAGUGCCAACUUACAUGGAUGCUCAAGUAGAUGACCCUAUCGAAGCUGGCCCGCCGCGGUCAAUGAGUACUAUCAGCUGGAACUGCCGCGGGUUGGGCAACCGGCGGACAGUUCAGGAGAUAGCGGACUUGGUUUCCGCAAAAAAGCCCAAUUUCGUUUUCUUAAUGGAGACAAAAGGUGCUGGCAAUCUCGUUGAAAACCUUCGUGUCAAGAUUGGUUUUGAUGGUGCUUUUUCCGUGUGUAGUGUUGGACGCAGCGGUGGCUUGGCUUUGCUUUGGAAGGAAAAUGGUACGGCUAGUCUCCUUAGCUAUUCUCGGUCGCACAUUGAUAUUUUGGUCUCCCUUCCUAACACUGAGACUUGGAGACUCACUGGUUUUUAUGGGGACCCUCGUAGAGACCAUCGUAGGGAAUCUUGGAACUUACUUCUUUUGCUUAAGGAUAAAUCUCCUCUCCCUUGGUUUGUCAUUGGUGACUUUAAUGAUAUUUGCAAAUCUUCAGAGAAACGAGGUGGUGCCCCUCACCCACCUGCCUUGAUUGCUGCGUUCACUUCGACGUUGGAAGCUUGUGAUCUUUUUGAUUUGGGUAUGAUGGGCUACCCGUUCACCUGGGACAGAUGUCAUGGGAAGCCGACGUGGGUGGAGAAAAGGCUGGAUCGUGCCGUUCGACGCGCUCCUCGCAGCUUCCGUUUCGAGAAUGCUUGGCUUUUGGACGAUGGGUACAAGGGGGUGAUCACGGCGGCUUGGAACUCCUCGGGCCACCUACCCUUUCCAGAGAGGCUUAAGGUGUGUGGCUCUCAGUUGGUUAGAUGGGGCGGUGAUAAGUUUAACAAGUUUGGGAGACGCAUUUUGGAGACCCGUAGGCGGGUAGACAAAUGGAGGGGUAGCCGAGAUCCCAUUGGUCUAAAAAAUUUUAAUGAUGCUGAUGCUGAUUUGGCCAGGUUGCUCGACCAGGAAGAUGUGUAUUGGAGGCAACGGGCGAAGCAACACUGGCUACGUACGGCGGACGCUAAUACACGUUUUUUUCACCAAUAUGCUUCACACCGAAAGAAGAAAAACAGGAUUAUGAGGCUUAAGGAUGAGCAUGGACAGUGGAAAGAAGCGGAGGACUUUGGGAAGUAUCUUGGGUUGCCUUCUUUCAUUGGGCGCAAUAAAACAGCUGUUUUUUCAUAUAUUUUGGAUAAGAUCCGUCAAAGACUUUCACUAUGGAAGAGGAAGACGCUUUCUAAGGCAGGUAAGGAGGUUUUACUCAAGACGAUUGCACAGUCGAUGCCCCAGUUUGCCAUGAGUGUUUUCCUUCUCCCCCAAUCUACUUGCACUGAUAUUGAGAGGUUAAUGAACGGCUUUUGGUGGGACGCAAAGCUGGAACAAUACUUUGACGCUGGUGAAGUGCUGCAAAUUCGCAGGGUACCUGUUAAUACUAGAAGUUUCGAUGGAUGGUUCUGGAUUAGGGACUUCCGUGGGGCUUAUAUGGUGAAAAGUGCUUACAGAUGUUUGAUGGGAGAUGCUUCUGUCGUGUCCUCUUUUUCAAACUGGGGAAGAUUUUGGCGGAUUCCGGUGGCCCCGAAAGUUCUUGUUUGCUUGUGGAGGGCCAUUCGAGAUUCGGUUUGGAGGCUCAUGGGCAAAGGAGGUAAUAGAAUCUCUUUUAUCUCUUUCCAAAACUGGUUCCAAGUUCGGUGUCAGAAUGACACUUUAUUGGAGCUGCGUACCGUCGCUUUGACUUGCUGGGCAAUUUGGAAAGCACGUAACAUUGCCAUUUGGGAUCAUAAGGCACUGCAUCCAGGAGAGCUCAAGAAUAUGGUGUCGUCCAUGGAAGCCCAAUGGUCAAACAAGACUAUUGCAGAGCGGGGGCGUACUCCACAGCGGCACGAGGUAAGUUUGCGGGCAGAGGCAUACAAGUGUUUUUUUGAUGCUGCGACAUCAGUUUCGGAGGAGUCCAUCUCCUUCGGCUGUGUCCUUUUUGAUCCAGGAGGUGCCUUUGUGGCAGCGGCAAAUGGAGGAAAACUUGGGCCUCUAGAUCCUCUUUUGGCGGAAGCUCUCGCUUGCAAGGAAACAUUAUCUUGGUUGUGGAAUCGAGGUAUUCGUGACGUUGAAAUUCUUUCUGAUUGUGAGGUUUUAGUGGGGGCUAUCAAGCAAGGAAGGGCCUUUGAGUGCUACUCUUAUCUAGGAAUCAUAAUUGUAUUGCUCAUACUCUUGCACGGUGUGCUACGCCCCAUUUUGUCUCAUGGAGCAGUACACCACCCAGCUGUAUUGCACAUCUAAUUUCUUCUUAAUGAAGUUUUGUUUUUCUG